UAAAGAAAAAAGGAGUCAGAUUAGUUUUAAAAUUGAUGAUGCACUUUGACGUGUAGUUGUAGAGCAUCAAAUUUCAUCUUCCAAUUUUCUCAACGCAUCUCUGUUUCAGUCAACCUUCCUCAGAAUUGCAGAUCCAUUUGUCAUUCCAAGAUUAUUAGUGACCAUGGAUGUGGUUGGUAAUAGCAUAGGGGUUGUUCGUUUCUUAUGGGCGUCCCUCUCAAGGCAGUUCUACUAUUUGUGGAGUUUUGAACAGAAUCUUGAGAUGUUGCACUGCAAAAUGGAAGAACUAAUUGCUCAAGAAAAUGAUAUCAACAUGGAGAUCAAUAGAGCAUUGGUGCUCCAGAAGAAGGUAAAAAUUGAGGUGGAGAUAUGGCUUAAAAAUGUGGAAAAGUUUAAAAAUGAAGUGAGUGGUAUUGAAACUGAAAUCAAUGAAAAUGCCAGGUGCAUGAGUGGGUGUUCCCCCAAUUAUUAUUCACGUUACAAAUUGGGCAAACUACUUGCAAGUAAAACUCCAUAUGUGACUGAGCUUCAAGUGAAGGGAGCAUUUCCAAAUGGGGUGUUUGUUGACAUGUUGCCAGAUAAUGGAAGAAUACUACCAACAACAAAGUUAACCGGCAGAACAACUGAGAAGAUUUUGCAUGUGAUUUGGGAAUGUUUGGUAGAUGUCAAUAUAAGCAAGUUAGGGGUCCAUGGGAUGGGGGGUGUCGGAAAGACAACCAUCAUGAUGCAUAUAAAUAAUCUACUCAAUGAAGCUCAGAUUUUUGAAUGUGUCAUUUGGGUGACUGUAUCAAAAACUUUCAACUUGGAGAAAUUGCAAAAAGACAUUGCUAAUGCAAUAGAUUUGGACCUCUCCGAUGAUGAAAAUGUGAUUAAGAAAUCUGCCAUAUUGCUUGAACAUUUGCAGAGGAGGAGAAAAUUCAUUCUUAUCUUAGAUGAUUUGUGGUACAGAUUUUCUUUAGAAGAGGUGGGCAUCCCACAGCCAAAUAGAGAGAAUGGUUGUAAGUUAGUAGUUAUUACUCGACUCAUGGAAGUUUGUCGUGGCAUGGAGACUCAGAAGGAAAUAAAGGUCAAGCUCUUGUCGAAGGAGGAAUCAUGGGAUUUGUUUAUUGAUAAAGCAGGGGCUGACGUAAUUCUUUCUCCUGAAUUAGAAUCGAUUGCAAAGCCAGUAUCAGAAAAGUGUGGACGUUUGCCGCUAGCAAUCAUUACUGUAGGACGUGCAAUGAGGAAAAUUGACAAUUUAAGAAUCUGGAAAAACGCAUUAGACGAGUUGGAAAGCUCAAGGGGAGAAAUAGAAGGAAUGGAAGAAGGUGUCUUUGCACGUUUGAAAUUUAGUUAUGAUCAGUUAAAGAGUGACAAAACCAAAGCUUGUUUCUUAUAUUGUGCAUUGUAUGCUGAGGAUUACAAGAUUGAUAUUGAGGAGCUUAUAGAGUAUUGGAUGGCAGAAGGAUUGAUUGAUGAGGUUGGAAAUAGGGAAAUUGAAAUCAACAAGGGAUAUGCGGUGCUUAAUGAGCUCAUAGAUGCUUGCUUGGUAGAGAGUGUUGGAACAGGGUGGGUAAAAAUGCAUGAUUUGGUGAGGGAUUUGGCAAUCAAGAUCACGAGGGAGAGUCCUCGGUUCACGAUCAAAGCUGGUAUGGGAUUGAAGACCUUUCCAAGUGAAUGGAUGCAAAAUGUUGACAGGAUCUCACUAAUGGAGAACAAUAUUAACGUUCUUCCAAGUCAUCCCAAUUGCCCGAAUUUAUCUACCUUGCUUCUGCAAAAGAAUCCUCUUUCUAAGUGCAUCCCUAUUUCAUUCUUUUCGGACAUGUGUAGCCUUAAAGUUCUAGACCUAUCCGGUACUCUUAUUGAGUCACUACCAGAGUCACUUUCAAACUUACAGUGUCUUCAUGCCCUCUUAUUACGCUUCAGUGAGUUAAAGGAGCUACCUUCAAUAUCAAUGCUUAAGGAGUUGAGGGUCUUGGAUCUGUCAUACACCCUUUUGGAAAAAUUACCCAGUGAUAUGGAAGGCUUGGUAAAUCUAAGGCGUCUUGAUCUGUCUUACACUGAAGAAUUAAACAUGUUCCCUGGUGGAGUAAUCCCCAAGCUGUCUCGUCUUGAAAACCUAUCAAUGUUCAAAAGCAAGUGGAGAUGGUCACAAAAAUUACAAGAAAUGGGUGAAGGGGCAGAUUUUAUAGAAAUCACAAGCUCCCCACAAUUAACCAAUGUUGGACUUUCCUUUGUGAACCUUCCUAGCUUCAUUUGCUAUGUGAGAUCUAAGCAUUGGAAAGUCCUGAAAAGCUACCACAUUGGUGUAGGGAUUCUGUCAAGCUUUGCACCUAUUUCCAAGGAAACUUUUAGUGUGGAAAUUCAAGGUUGUCACAUCAUUGGCGAUAACUGUUUCAUUGAGCUCCCCAAAAACACUCAGCAAUUGGCCAUUCAGGGUUGCCACGAUAUUGAUGUUCUAUCAAAACUGUCACUCAUUUCCAACUUGAGUGAUCUGAAAGAAUGUUAUGUGUCAAGUUGCAAUGGUUUGGAGUUCAUCACAUUGGCAGAUGUGAACCCUUUUCCAAGUCUAGAGAGAUUGGUCCUCCGGAAACUAUCCAACUUGAAAGCUAUUUGCCUUGGAAAUGUGGUAGCUUGUGCCCCAGUAAGGUUGAAAACCUUGCAUAUUUACAAUUGCAAUAACCUGAAAAUCCUAUUCUCGGUCGAGCUUUUGCAACAGCUCCCAAACCUUCAAGAAUUCGAAGUAUGGAAUUCCCAUUUGAUUGAGGAGAUAGUUGGAGAAGAGAGUAGCAGUGGAGUCAAUAGCAAUACCUCUCCAGCAGUAACACUUCCAAGGCUUCGUCGCUUGUAUCUUUCUACUUUACCAGAGUUGAAAUGCAUCUCUAGAAGGGUGUUUAUUUGUGAGUCACUAGAAACUAUUGAUAUAUGGGAUUGUGGGAACUUAAGGAGGCUUCCAUUCUCCAUCAACUACCUUCCAUCCUCCCUCAACCAUAUUAAGGCAAACAAAAAGUGGUGGGAUGAGUUGAACUGGGAUGAACCUAGUUGCAAGCUUCACUUGCAACCUUUUUUCAGGGAAGAUCACUGACAGGAAAACCCAAAAUAAACAUCAUUCUUAGGUCAUCAUGGGUUCAGUUUCAUUGAUGACACAUUCAUUCAAGUACAAGAUUUGAUAAGGAACUCGUCCAAACUAUUCGCUAAGUUUGUCUCUUUAUGUGGCACUCGUCUUGACUGUUUGUUUGUUUGUCUUUAUGGGAUGAAGCUGAAUUCAAACAAGAUAUGAAUAUUUUGUUCUUUGUUGAAGUGGGAAGCUUUGAUAUCUGUACUGAUUCUUAAACCAAUACAGGAAUCAGUUGAAGUUUGCAAAUGUAAAGCACAGGACACCAGUGACGGCAUGUUGUGGUGAGCUUUCCCUUUUUACUGAUAUCAGAUUAAAGCACUUUGGAUGCAGGGCAUUUCUACGCAUAAUGGCAAAGUAUUCUUCUUUGUUAGCACAUGAAAAAUAUGAUCAACUUCAAUUCAACUCGGGCUUGGACAUCUGGAAUUAUGUUAGCCAACAACAAUCACCCAUGAAUUCAACUUAGUCUUGUGGAUCUCUGAAAACAUUACAGCUUCACACAUUCCAACGGUUGCUAGCUCAUUUUGUGUCUGAAAAAUACAAUGCAUUUACAAGCAUUGUUCACGCCUUUUUGCUGGCUUGUUUCGCAGCCUCUUCCAGAAUUCCAUCGGUUGGAGCUCUACGUAUUUUUCCCAUUUGACAAUGGAUGAUCGCUCUUGUUUAGGUGGCUGGUUUAUUUAUUGUUUUUCUUUUAAGUUGUUUUCUGGUAUUUUGUAGUGGCUCUUAGAUGUUUGAUGAUUUAAUGCACUGAGCUUUGAUGUACUCAAGCUCCUUUUAUCAAUGAAGUUCUUUCCUUUUUCCCAAAAAAAAAAAAAAAAAAAAAAAAA